AUGAACUCUCCCUCACUUUCUUUGGAGGUCUUUCAACUUAACUCCGUCUCGGGUGGCCUCCGCCCGGGUUCCAUCGCCUUCAAAAAUGUCACGGUAGAGAGCGAGAAAUAUGUCUGCGUCCGCGAUGUGCAGGAGGACGGGCAGACAUCACUCGUCAUCGUUGAUAUCGAGAAGCGUGAGAGCAUUCGAAACAACGUCAAGGAUGCGGAGUCGUGUAUUAUGAACCCCAGGUCGAAAAUCCUGGCGCUCCGCAGUGGUCGCAACCUGCAGGUGUUCGACGUGGAGGCCUCGCGACGUCUCAAGGCGACGCUUUUCCACGACGACGUCGUCCACUGGGGCUGGAUUGACGACCGUACUCUGGGCAUUGUGACGGGGAAGGCCGUCUACCACUGGAGCCUCGAUGGCGCCGCCGACGACGCGCCGCUGCACAUCUUCGACCGCAGCGCGGACUACGACAGCUCCGUGCAGGUGCUCUCGUACCGCAGCGACGAGCAGAAGAAGUGGCUUCUCGUGACAGGUGUAGCCCGCGACCCAUCGGGUGCUAUGGUGGGCAAGGCGUUGCUGUACAGCGUUGAGAACCGCAGCAGUCGUGUGCUUGACGGUCAUGCGUGCUGCUUCAUCUCCACCCCCACCCCGUCCGAAUCUCGCAAGUGUAACGUGAUGUGCCUUGCCUGGAACAGUCCGCAGCAGGGCGGCCAGGUCAUGAUCAUGGAGUUGCCGACCGGCUCCAAGACAGAUUUGUCGUUGCCACGGCGGAUUUACAACCUGCGCAUUCAACCCGGCGACUUCCCAGUCGCCAUGCACGUCUCGGACCGCCACAAGUUGUUGACCGUGGUGACGAGCCGUGGCACCUUUGCGUUGAUGGACAUCUUUACCGGAGUCAUCGUGGCCGAACAGCAGUUCACGCCGGCAGUAGUGUUCCGUGGCGCAGGCGACAACAAGGUUGGCGGUGUCGUGUGCGUCAACAACCAGGGCUCCGUUAUGCGCAUCGGCCCGAACGACAGCGGCAUCAUCAACUAUAUUAAGAACAACAUGCAAAACCCUGAGCUGGCUCUGCGCAUCGCCUCCACGGCGAACCUCGGGGGUGUCGAUGACCUCUUCAAAGUGCAGCUGGACAACUACCUGCGCAUUGGCAACAUCGAGGAGGCCACCCGGAUAUGCUUGCGCGCCCCGGGGAACAUGCUGCGCACCCGUGAGAUUCUCAUGAAUUUCAUGCAAAUGCCGCAGCAGCCGGGCCAGCCGCCGGCUAUCUCGACCUACUUCAAGAUUGUGCUGGCGGAGACGAGCCUGAACGAGUACGAGUCUGUCGAACUUGCGCGCGCGGUGGUACCCAAGGGUGGCAUUGGCUACGUGAAGCAGCAGUUUGACGAGGGAAAGCUGACGGCCUCGGAGGAGCUCGGCGACAUGGUUCAGCAGGCGGACCCCAACAUGGCGCUGAAGAUUUUCCACCAGGGCAACGUCCACGCCAAGGUGCUCAACGUGCUGCUGCAGCGCAACGAAACGCAGAAGGCGGUUGAGUAUUGCAAGCGAUCCAACUUCUCGCCGGAUUGGCGCGUCAUCGUGAACAACUUCAUCCGGGUUGCGCCACAGGACGCCGUCAAUCUUUGCCUGAUGCUCUACCGAGAGAUGGGCGACAAGCCGGUGCUCAGCGCGGAGGAGAUGAUGGACAUGUUCGUGUCGGCCCAGCAAAUUCAACAGGCGACCGAGUUCCUUCUGGAGGUUCUGCGCGAUCACAACGACGAAUCGACGAUGGACCUGCAAACGAAGCUGCUGGAGAUAAACCUCAAGUACUCGCACCCGUCCGUCGCCGACAAGAUCUUCGUCCGGAAUAUUUGCCAGUACUACGACGGCAUGAAGCUCGCCCCGCUCUGCGAGCGGGUCGGUCUGCACCAGCACGCGAUUGAGUGCUAUAUGAUUGCUCAGAAACAGGACCCCAACCUCAACAACCUCUCGAGCAUCCGCCGCUGCCUAAAACAGUUGCAGAGCUUUAACCCUGAGUGGCUCGUCGAGUUCUUCGGUAAGCUCAACAAGCAGGAAAGCCUCAAGUGCCUCGAGGACCUCUGCACCAACUCGCGCCAGAGCUUCAAGGUACUUGUGCAGGUGGCCACUAAGUACAGUGACGCUCUCGGCUCCACCGACCUCAUUGGCAUGUUCCUUGAGCACAACCUGUACGACGUGCUCUACUACUAUCUCGGGGCCGUGGUACCGUACACGCGUGAUGCCGAGGUGCACUUCCGCUACAUCGAGGCUGCUGCUGAGAUGGGUCAAAUGCAGGAGCUGGAGCGCAUGACGCGCGAGAGCCCGUGCUACGACGCCGAGCGGACGAAGAAUUACCUCAAGAGCAAGAAGCUGACGGACCUGUGGCCCUUCAUCAACGUCUGUGAUCAGCACAACAUGGUGAACGAGAUGGUGCACUACCUUGUGGAGACGAGCAACGAGAACUACAUCGAGCAAUACGUGACGCGCCGCAGCCCUGGUAAGACGCCACAGGUAGUGCAGGCCCUCAUCGAGUGCAACGUGAGCGAGGACUUUAUCACGAACAUGCUCUCAGUGGUGGGGACAAUGUGCCCCAGUGAGGAGCUCGUGCAGUGUGUGGAGGAGACGGGUCGGCUACACCUCAUCAAGCAGUGGCUCGAGGACCGUCGCAGCGAGAAGAAGACGGACAAGGCACUGUACAAUGCGCUGGCCAAGAUCUACGUUGACAUUGGCCAGAGCCCCGAGCAAUUCCUGGCGGAGAACGAGUACUACGAUGCGUUGGUGGUGGGUAGGUACUGUGAGACGCGCGACCCCAACUUGGCCUAUAUUGCCUAUAGCCACGAUCACUGCAGCAAGGAGCUGGUCGACCUCUGCUAUCGCAACGGCAUGUACAAGCAACUGGCCCGCUACCUAGUGAAGGAGCAGGAUCUUGACCUGUGGACGAGCGUGCUGGCAGAGGACACGGCUCACCGGCAGCAGCUUGUAGAAUCGGUGCAGCAGACUGCCCUGCCAGAGAGUGUGGUGAGCGAGGAGGUGAGCACGACGGUGCGCGCCUUCAUGAACGCCAACCUGACGGAGGAGCUGACCGCGCUGCUAAGCCAGAUUGUGGUGCACGGCCGCUUCCGCAAGAACCGCUUCCUCGAGAACCUUCUUAUCAUGUCUGCGGUGCGUUCCCGCAAAGAUAAGGUGAUGGAGUACGUGACGACGCUGGAGGACUACGACGGCGCCGACAUUGCACACCUCGCUUCCGGCGCCGGCAUGCAUGAGGUGGCGUUUGUCGUAUACACGCGUCACAACAUGCAGAAGGAGGCCAUCAAGGUGCUUUUGCAGGAUAUGAACGAUGUUUCGCGCGGCCGAGCCUUUGCACAGAAGACGGACACUGCCGCUGUGUGGUCGGUGUUGGGCGAGUACCUGGUGAAGCAGGAUGAGGUGCACGAGGGUAUCGAGUGCCUCAUCAAGGCCAAGAAUCCCGACCUCGUUGUCGAAGUGACCUCUGCUGCGGAGCGCACGAAUCAAUACAGUGAUCUCAUCAAAUACCUCUCGAUGGCACGCCAGUACUCACGCGCAAAGGACAGCAAGAUCGACACGGCGCUUGUCAUUACGUAUGCCAAGACAGGCCGCCUCGGGGAGUUGGAGGAGUUCCUCAAGCAGGCGCACAACGUCAAGAUUGGCGCCAUUGCUGACAAGUGCUUCGACGAGAAGCUGUACGAGUCCGCGCGCGUGCUGUAUACCGUGGCGAACAACUACGCCCGCCUGGCGUCCACGGAAGUGAUGCUGAGCAACCUGCCGAAUGCCGUCGAGGCGGCCAAGAAGGCCAAGUCGAUCCACACAUAUAAGGAGGUCAAUCUGGCGUGCAUUGAGGCUGGAGACAUGAAGCUGGCUAGCAUCUGCGCCGUCCCGGUGGUGCUCAAGGCAGAGGAGGUCAGCGGCAUGUACAACCGCUACGAAAGCCGCGGCAUGUGGGAGGAACUUUUCUCGGUGCUCAAGAUUGCCUCUAGUCAUCAGGGCGCGCACAUGUCUAUCUUCACCGAAAUGGGCGUUUUGCUGGCCAAGUAUAGGCCCGAGAAGCUCAUAGAGCACGUGAACAUGUACUCAAAGAAGAUCAAUACCCACAAGAUGAUCACUGUCUGCGAGCAGUACCAUCACUGGAUCGUGCUGCGUCUUCUGCACAUCAACAACGAGGACUGGCUGGCCGCGGCCAACUUGAUGAUGCAUCGCCACGCGGACACCUUCGACAACGAGAUCUUCAAGGAAGUUAUUAGCCACCUCGGCGCCAGCGAUGUCGUGUACACGGCGAUUGGCUUCUACCUCAGGACACACCCUGAGCACCUGAACGACUUCCUGUCCUCCAUCUUCAAGCGCGUGGACCCGGAGCGAGUGAUGGAGGAGACGAUGAGGGUGACACCGAUCUACGUGAUUCGAGCCUUUCUCGAGACCGCGCAGGAGCGCAACAUCAAGAAGGUGAAUGAGGCUCUCAACGACCUCUACAUCGAGGAGGAAGACUUCAAGACGCUGCGCCACUCCGUUGAGACGUAUAACAACUUCGACUCGGAGGAGCUGUCGUCACGGCUAGAAAAGAUGGAACUCUUUGAGUUUCGUAAGAUUGCCAUGCUGCUGCAUCGCAAGAACAAGCGCUACGCGCACGCCAUUGCAGCCGCAAAGGAGAACAAGCUCUUCGACGAGGCCAUCGACACGGCGGCCGAGAGUGCUGACGGCGAGCUGGUGACCAGCCUGCUCGACUACUUCGUGAAGGACUAUCCCGAUUGCUUUGUGGCGUGUCUCUACAGGUGCUACGACCUGCUGAAGCCCUCGGCGGUGUUGUUGAAGGCGUGGCUGAAUCAUCGAACUGAGGUAGCAAUGCCGUACAUGAUUCAGGUGCUUCAAGAAUACUCGAGCAAGAUCGAUAGGAUGGAGAAGUCGAUGGUGGACGCGCAGGUUGCGGCGAAAGAUGCGGCUCGUCGUGCCGGCCCAAUGCAGGGUCCCAGCGCCGCGCCACUCAUGAUCGAGCAGGGUGACGGCAUGGUGAUGAACGGGAUGCCAAUGAGUAGGCCCCAGCCGCCGAUGAGCUUUGGCGCGCCGCCUCAGUUCGGAUCUGGGCGGCCCUUCUAG